UACAUUCACUACCUGAAUUGUGAGAAACAACUGCACAUGUUAAAAUAGGGAAAAGGAAUAGAAAUUUCGCGAAUUUCCUUUGCUAAUUCUGCAGCUUGGAUGUGUUGACCAAGCCCACGCAACUCUAGACUUAAUUUUGCACCACUCUAGAAGUCUCCAGCAUGGCCACGGAAUCACUGCUGAUGUGCUACAACAAAGGCUGUGGCCAGAAAUUUGAUCCCAGCGAAAACAAGGAGGACUCGUGCACUUUUCACCCUGGGGCGCCGGUCUUUCACGAUGCCUACAAGAGCUGGUCUUGCUGCAACAAGAAGUCGACGGACUUCACCGAGUUCCUCAACUACAAAGGCUGCGCCACGUCCUUCCACAAUCCAGUCAAACCUGUGGAGGAGAAGCCAGUUGUGGACAAAUCAACCGCUGAAGAGGUCAUCGAGUACAGAGCUCCUGUCCCUGUGGCCAUGGCCCGGCCUGGCUUUGACAGCCCACAAGCCAUCAUCGAACCUAAGGUUGCUCCAGCCUUGGUGGAACAGGCAAAGCAGCUGCAGCAGUCACAGGCAAAAGACCUGGCCGACGCCUUCAUGCCCUUCGUGGUGCCUCCGGUCGGGACUUCGUGCAAAAACAAUUCUUGCAAGGAACAGUACGAAGGCCCUCACAGUGACCAAGGACUGUGCCUUUACCAUCCAGGCUUCCCGAUCUUCCACGAAGGCAUGAAGUUCUGGUCGUGCUGCGUCAAGAGGACGAGCGACUUUGACGAGUUUUUGAAGCAAAAGGGUUGUGAAACUGGAAGGCACUGUUGGGACAAGAAGAGGAGCGUUGAAUCACAAGUGAAGUGUAGAUAUGAUUGGCACCAGACAGGCACGCAUGUCGCAGUGGCCGUCUAUGCUAAGAAGUACGACCCAGGCCAGUCGAGUGUGAAGCUCAGCCCAGUACGACUGACUAUCAACCUGUAUUUCCCGGAGGAAGGCGGUUCCUUCAACCUGGACAUUGAACUGGGCGGUGUCGUUGACGUGACUCAAAGUACUGCCAGCAUGAUGGGCACAAAAUUGGAGGUGAGUCUGCGUAAAGCCGAAGCUGGUUCUUGGAGCAGACUGUUCAUCCCUAGGCAAGUUCAGGAGGUGAAAAAGCCCGAACCUGCCAAGCCCGUGGAUGAGUUAUUGAACGAAGAUUUGGAAAAUGUUGACCUCAGUGAUUUGUGAAAAAGUAACCAUGAUUUUUUAAUAACAUAAUAUAUAUAUAAUUGGCCAAGAAACAAUAAAUCAAAACUCUUUCACUAAAAAUUUAUUCUUUUUUCCUCCUUAAAAAAUAAGUUCCGCAGAGAAAUAAUGAACAGUUGAUUUUUUUACAUUGGGGCAUGACUUUAUUUCUCUACUCCAGAGUAAACAACCAUUCCAAUAUUGCUGCCUGAGCUCAGGUUCUUUGCUCUUCCUGUCCAGUUUGACAAUAUAUCGAGCAAAGAACGUGAACCCUCCUGCAAACAGCAAAUGCAUUUACAUCCAAGGCAACAUUUUUACAUCACACUGAUAGAAGAGCAAGCAACAUAACAUACGUGACAUACUCGAUAAUAUUUAAAUGUAAAGAUAUAUAACUGUAAUCAUCAUACACAGACAUAUAUGCAACCAAUUGCAGAUUUAUCAUUUUGGUAAUUAUACAGAAUACAAUCCAUCAUUUCAACACAUGAUUUUUGUGAUCGGUGAUGUGUGUAUCAUUUGUUGCAUAUUUUGUUUAAUUACUAUAACAAGCAGGAAUGUCAAAUAUGUUGUGUAAUUUCACACCCCACAAUACAUGCUCAAUUUAUUAAUUGUAUAUAUAUAAUAUAUGUAAACCAAAUUAAUUUCCUCUGCUAAUGUACACAGGAGUCAUCUCAUUUUCAUUAAGAAUAUAAUAUAGCAUACAAUAUGCAACCAACAAGUCACGAUUGAGUAAAGAAAAUAAAAAUAUGUAAUAAAUUUCAAAUUCAUCUGAUCCACUGCAUAACACAAAUUAACAUUGUGUGAAUUAACUCGGCGCUUGAUUUAAUUUUGCAUUAAAAAAACAGCUUCAUCUGACUAUUCUUCCUGAUAGAUCGCGAAAACUAGUAACCGUUCCAAAUUCUAAACCCUUGCAACACUUUUCCCAAAAUGCUUUACAUAAAAAUAAAUGCAUGUUCUGUGCAUUGUAUCACAUUCAUAGUACAAAUAUAUUCCAUUUCAUAACAUUCAUUUUUUUCUUCCUUUAAUAACAAUUGCCUUAAACAUGAAUAAUGCCAUUUAUUGACAACACAAUGCAUGUACUUGAAACAUUCAACAUAAUAUUAUAUUCCUUUUAAUACGGACCGACUCCAAAUUUGGUCUUGCUUUCUUUAAUUGUUAAAUAAUUACGCUCAAACUUCUGUUGAAGUGAGCUCAGUUUAAUGUCGAUUCGUAGGCUCUUGACUUCAAAUAUAAUUUUGAUAUCACACUGACAGCUUCAUGAACAAUAUUCUCAAUAACAGUACAAUAAUAUAUAGCGACAUGUUCCUCACAAAAAACGAAACAGAACAGCUUAGCUCCAAUUUUGCACUUUUUUUUAACUUCAAUUCCAUGUAUGAUGCACCUAUACAGAUUUGAAAUCGAGUGCAGAGUGGUGUGCAACACAAAUCCCUACCUCAAGAC